AUGGAGUCAUUAUCAUCAUCAACAUCAUCAUUAAAAAGCAGUGGUGACUUUUCAACAGUAUCUAGCAAUGGAAGCGGUAUAAAGGCAAUAAAUUUAAAAGAGAUCGAGAUCAAUUACCAAUUUAAAGAUUUUGAUGAUGAUAUUAGAAACGAAAUCAAUGAGUUAUACUCUUAUUCAGAGUUGGGGUUACUAAAAAAAUCAAAUAUAACAACAUUGUUUUAUCAAGAUUUAUUUGAAUAUACAUCAAAAACUAAAUGGUUAGAUUUAAAUGAAAUCGAAAAAAUAGAUUAUUUGCAACAUUUAAUUCAAUAUUUUGAACUUUCAAUAAAGGGAGCGGAUAAUUUUAACAGGUAUUUAAUUAAAUCUAGAUUCAUAUGGUAUAUAGCGCAAGGUGUAAAAGAGGAAUCUUCAGAUAUUCAACAUCAAUUAAAUAAUUCAAAAAAUAACUGUACAUUAUUAAGAAAAGCAAAUUAUUUACCAAUUUUAACUAAAACUCUAUUAUUAGCAUCAAAAAUUUCAAAUGAACAACAACAACAGUUACAACAACAAAAUGAUAACACAACCACUACCACUACCACAACCACGACAAACUCAGAUAAACCACAUAUUAGUCAUAAAAGAAAUAAUAAUCAUUUAAAAAAUAUAAAUGGCCCAAAAAAUACAACAGGUACAGGUAGCUUAAGCAAUUCUUUAAUGAAAGUAAAUGUAAAAAGAGUCGACCCAUUAAUGGCAGUUUUAUUGGAUAUAAUUUAUUUAUUCAUUUUAAAUAAUAAAGAUGAACCAACAUUUAAAGAAGAGUUAUUUGAGCCAUUGGAUGGUUGUUAUACCUAUAAUUUAAAUAACAGUUUAAAUGAUAAUUUAAAUGAAUUAAAUUCAUUUGAUAAUCCAAAUUUAAUAUCAAUUAUGAUUCAAUUGUUAAUAGAGUUUAACGAAGUCGAUGGUAACUUGUAUCCAAUUAAAAAGAUAUUAAUGGUACUUUGGAGAUCUUUAACAGUAUUUAUUGGUGGUUUCGAAUUUUUAGAAAAAGAAAAAGAGGCAAGAUUAAAGAAAGCAAACUUUAAAAAGGGUACUUCUAAAACCAGAACUACAGAUAUUUCAAAUUUUAUUAAAUCUACAUCCAGAUAUCACAGUCAACAAAAAUCUUCAAUACUUCACAAAGUAAACACUCAUUAUUUAGGUACCUCAAAAGAGUAUAAAGACCAUGAUGUUUUUAGAUUACCAACAUCGUUAUCAGAUUCAUUAAAUGUGCUUCAAACUAACCUUUACCCACCCGAGCAAAUUAGAAAAGAAAUUGGUAUUAACUAUUAUAGCAGUAAUAACAACAACACAACAACUCCCCAUACCGAAUCUGAUUUCUUUUAUGAUCCAAAUAAUAAGCCAAAACCAAGAAUAUUAAUUGAAAAUCCUUCAAAUUUUGAAAGAUUUUAUUGUUUAAAUGCAUCAAACUUUUCAAAAAUUGUAAUUAUUUUAUUAAAAAUUUUAUUAGCAUCGACUCCAGUAGUUAAAAAUUAUACAGGUCCAAUUAAUUUAAUUGCAGAGAUUGUAAUUGACCAACCAACACCAGGAUCAUCAGCUUCAUUAUAUGAAACCAUGCAAUCAGCUACUGAUUUCUUUAGACAUAAAGAAAUUAUUUCAAAGUCAACUUUAGGAAUUUUAUUACUAAUUGUUAAACAUUCUAAAUUUAAUCAACAUUUACAAUUUGAAUAUAUAACAAAAAUAAUGUAUGAAUCAAAUGCUUUGGUUUUAUUGUACAAAUGUUUAAAUCAUGAAGCUGUAGAAAAAUAUUUAUAUUCACAAAAUUAUUUACAAAGCGAGGAAUAUUUUAAUAUCGAACAAAAUCAAACAUCAUCUAAUAAUAAUAAUAGUAGCGAUAGCAAUUUACAAGAAAAUUAUAGAAAUUUCUUUAGUACAAUAUGUAGUUUAAAAUUAAUUCAAAAAGUUAUGAAGCAUCAUCCAUCAAGAAUUUCAUCAUUAUCUCCAUCGAAAUCUGCUAACAUUUUAAAAAAAUAUUGUAUUGUUAAUCAACAAUUGAUUAAAUUGUAUAGUUUAAAAAUUAUGAAAAAUUUAGUGCCAUUCCAAACAAAGAAAUGGAAACAAAUAAAUAUGAGAAUUAUAUCAGAUAUUUAUUUGUAUGUUCCAAUUCAUAUUAAUGACACUUGGCUAUUAAACCACAACUACGAUCCACCACAAACAGAUGAAUAUGAGGUUUUAUUACAAGAAAAGGUUGAGGAGUAUCACAGAGUCAACUAUGAACAAUGGUACAAGACAGAAAAUCUAGAUUUAGUUUAUAAGAAUGAACAGGUUAUGGGUUGUAAUAUUGAUCAAGAUUUUUUAAAUACAAUAGAGUUAUCAAAAGAAGAAAGAGAUGCAAUUCAAAAUGAUAGAUUAAGAUACACCGAAGGGUCAUCAAUUAUAUUUAUUAACGAUUCAUUGGAGGAUGAAUUAUUAGCAAAAAAUAUUAAUUAA